CUCCAUGGACUAACCAGCUCAGGCGUCCCAAACUCACAGCCAGGAAGCAUUGCACUUGGAUUCGGCGGAUGUUUACAUGCUGAAGUUAAAUGGAUUACUCUUAGCUGUCAAUUGCAGGAAGUUCUUGGAGCCAGGAGUGAUCACUUGUCUGGCAUUGGACCAACAUCUCGUCCUUGAGUGGGUGGAAGAGCCUAUAAGGAUACAUCAGCCAAGCUCUCUGUGAAAUCACUAUGGAGCCAAGAAAAUUUGCCUGAUUCAACAAGGUUGUCUUGAAGGCAACAGAUAAAGAGUUGGGGUCAGCCUUUCUGAUCCUUCCAAAUAAGUUGUAGACAUUUGUUUUAUUUAUUAUAUGUUGUGCUGUCUGAAAGGAGAUUUCAUCAGCAGUGGUUUUGUUGAUGUUAUCCCCCAAAAUAUCUUCAAAAACAAAUGACAAUCAUUCAUGGUUUUCUUUACAACAAAAUUAACACCUCAGAGAAAGGUUAUUUAUCAGGAUAUUUCUUCUAUUUCAACCAGUUAUGGCCAAAGACGGUGGUCCUUUGAGCCUCAUGCCUUCUCCUGCAAGGCCCCAGCAAUGGAUUGGACUCUUUUUGAAGAUUUUUCUUCCCACCUCCCCUCUACACUCUAUAUUUUUUUAUUACUGCUUGUCAUGUGCAACAGCAGUAGGUGUGCCUGGCAAGGUGCAUGAUUAUGGAAUUGGCCCCAAAUUUGUGUGUACUCCCAUUCCUCCAGAUGCAGACCCCAACUGCUACCCACCACCCACUAUGGCCCAUGGACCGAGCAACAGCCAGAGUAAUGACCACAGUGGUGGCAGCCAUCGGCUCUUAAUGUCUGAUGAGGCUCAGACCACUAUUUUGAAUCUGCGUGAGAGCCUUGUGAGGCAGAAGGAAACCAUCCUGGACCAGCGAGAGACCAUUAGAGAGCUCACUGCCAAGCUCACCCUGUGUGAAGGCUAUGGUGGUCACCAUCAUGACAAAUACAGUCAUCAUGGUACCCCUCACAGCAACCAUCUUGCCAACCACAACGGUCACCAUGAUGAGCACCAUGGACAUUAUGAUGGCCAUCAUGGUAGUCAUCAUGACAGCCAUCAUGGCAGCCAUCACGAUGGCCAUCACGGCAGCCAUCAUGGUAGCCUUCACGACAGCCAUCAUGGCAUCCAUCAUGACAUCAACCACGGCAGCCAUCAUGACAUCAACCACGGCAGCCUUCACAAAAGCCAUCAUGGCAGCCAUCAUGACGAUCAUCAUGGUAGCCAUCAUGACGGUCAUCAUGGCAGCCAUCAUGACAUCAGCCAUGGCAGCCAUCAUGACAGCCAUCACAGUAGCCUUCAUGACAGCCAUCAUGGGCCAUCGUCGUUGCACCACGGGCCCUCGGCACACCACGACAGUGAUCUUCACCACUCCUCCAGCGGUCAUGGAACGGAACUUGAACAACCAAAGGGGUCAUCAUACAGCAAGAUAAGCUCUAUUUCUGCUGAACAGACUGGAAAGACGCUGCAGACCCUGAAAGAAAGGCUGGAAAACUUGCAGGCCAGAAACUCCUCCAGCUCCUACUCAAGCUCCCUGAGAGAACUCCUUCAGAGGAAGAUCAGUUCUUUAGAAGAGCAGUUGCACAGUUACCACAGAGACCAGCAUGAGUCCGGUCAUCAUAACGACCAGCAUGGACAUCACCAUGCUGACCAUCAUGACAGCAACCACACCAGCAAUCACUAUGCUGGUCAAAAUUAUAAUCACCACGAUGGCCACUAUGGCACUGGCCAUCCUCAUGGUCAUCAUGAUGGCCACUAUGGCACUCCUCAUAGACACCAUUUUGACCACCAUGGCACGGGUCACCAUGAAGACCACCACAAUGGUCACCACGCCCACCACCAUGGUAGCCACACAUACAACCAUCACAGCAGUCAUGACAAUCAUCAUGGCAGUGAUCAUCCUGACCACCACCUUGACUGGCACCAUGGCCACCAUUAUGGCCACUUUGACAACCAUCACAACAGCCACCAUAAUGGCCAUCACAGUGACCAUCAUAGUGACCACCAYGGAGGCAGUCAUAAUGAUGCUUACCAUAAUUAUCACCAUGGGCAUUAUGACAAACACCGUGAUGGUCAUUAUGGAGACCACCAUGGAACUAGCCACUAUGGAAAUGACCACCAUGGUGAUUACCAUGGAAACACCCACCAUGGAAGUCCUCACCAUGUUGAUCAUCAUGGAAGCAGCCACCAUGGAACCAUUAACCAUGGAACCAGCCACCAUGGAAGUGAGCACCAUGGAAAUGACCACCCUCAAGACAAUGACCAUCCACAACACCUCCCUUUCACCAGUAAGGACACAAGUUUACAGGGCACCAAUCACAGCAAGCUGGAAACAGUUCUCAGCCAACUGCACCACAGCAAUGACCAAGCAGGAAACAAGAAGCUUAAGAGUCCCAGUGCUUUCCUGCUUGAUUUUCCCAUGAGAACCAAUUACUUGUAUGCCAGGAUGAAGCGAUCUGUGGUCAAUGAGAUCUUUGCCCUCACCAUCUGUCUGUGGCUAAAGCCUGGAGAAGGUCCUGGCCUUGGCACACCCAUCUCCUAUGCCGUACCUGGGCAAGCCAAUGAGCUAGUGCUAAUGGAAUGGGGAAACAACCCCAUGGAACUGCUUGUUAAUGACAAGGCGGUGACAUUACCAAUAAACAUAAUGGAUGGAAAGUGGCACCAUGUGUGCAUCACAUGGUCAACAAGAGAUGGAGUUUGGGAGGCCUACCAGGACGGUGUGAAGAAAGGUGCUGGGCAGAAUCUUUCAGCCUGGCACCCAAUACAACCAGGAGGGAUCUUUAUCUUGGGUCAGGAGCAGGACACAAUGGGAGGCCGYUUCGACAUCACACAGUCCUUCACAGGACAAGUGUCAGAUCUGCAGUUCUGGUCCAGAGUCCUGACAGCCAACGAGAUCCACACCCAGGCAACCUGUGGGGGCCACCUCGUYGGCGACGUCAUGUCGUGGUCUGAAGAGUGGGUAGAAGUUCACGGAGGACUUACGGAGCUCCCUUUCGACCCUUGCCACUAAAAACAAACACUGAAACCCCCCACCCCUCGCAAGCAGAGCUGUGGGAUCAUACGACUAAAUGCAUGUGUCAAAAAUGGACGAAGAGUGGAAAAAURUAAUCUUUCUGCCUUCUCCACCUACAUCGUCUCCUCUGCGCUCUCAGCAGGACAGCUUUAAUAGCUCUAAAGAGCACGAAGCUCCAGAUUUAUCGCCUGUAUGGUCAUGACUGCGGCUGCUCUGAGGGAUUCUUCACACAUAAUUGGAUUUUGUUUCAACAGAACAGCUCCAGAGGUUGCUGGCCGCCAUCAACCAGCUUGCUGCAAUCAACAUAAACAUUGCAGAAGGUGAAAGGAAACAGGAACAUAAAAAACAAGCAWAAGGCACCUGUGUAGUGAUUGUGUAGCAGGAUAUUUUUAUACAGAGCAGAUUGAAUGGACAUAUCAUGACUUAAUACCGUUGUUUUUUUGUCACAUUAGUAUUUCAUAUUGAAACUAAUGCAGUUUUUUUUCUAGAAAUGAAAAAAAAGCUUUUUUAUUUAAAAUUGUAACGUUUUUGUGUAUUUAAAUGUAUUUUGUCGAUUUGCUGGAUUCUGUCAGAGGUUGAUUACAUAACGGUAAGAAGGCUGAAUGUCAGGUGUCACACGGUGGCAUGGCGCAAUCGAACGGCGUCAGUGCAGGUUAACCUGCCCUCAACGUGUCAGAGCCGUAAUGCCAAUGUCUCCCCAUCAACCAGUGGCUCAUGGUGGGGAUUUACCUGCGAACACCUGACCUGAUCCUGCCUAUUUCCAACCAGCUCAAACUACAUGGCCAGAGCCAAACACACACACACACACACACACACACACGCACACGGCUGCACACGCCCAGAGACACUGAAGAGCUGAAGAAGCAUCACUGAUCCCAUGCUCACCCGCUUCGGAUGUUAUCAUCCAUGAAAUGGAUGUUAUUAGGCAUUAUCAGUCCCAUAGAAUGGCUUCAGA